UUGAUGUUUGAAGAGUGCAUUUCAAUGAAUCGGUUAACAUAUAAUAGAGGAGAGUUGUAACAUGAUGAGCAAAAACGUGUUGAUGAAAAUAAUUUUGAUGAGAUUGUUUAAUGACUGUCAAACUGAAAUAUGCUAAUGAACUUUUGGAUAUAUGCCAGCGCAUUUUUUGCUCUGGCUUGUUUAGAAGCUGAAUUAAAAACUCUUUCGAGAAAGGAACUUCAAGAUAUAAAACGCAAAUGGGACGAAUGUUGCGAAACCAAUAUCUGCAUUCGAAAUUCUUGCUAUACAGUAGAACUCCGAGCUUCUGGUUGGGCUGCUGUUAGACAAAGAUGUCAAGGACGGUACCCAGAUUGGCCGUUUGCUGUAGAUAUAUUUCGAAUUCAAGAUGAAGAGGAUAUUGGAAUACUCACCAAAAUGUUACAGGAAUCCCAGCAAUAUUCAAAAGAUGCUUCAUCACUACCCAGAACAGUUUGGACAAGUGGGACUAAAUGUCCCAAGACGGGAAAUAAAGGAUCCGUAAUGGUUAACCGCUGGACUUCAACAAAUCACCCAUUCCCGGAUUGGUUACAAGCUAAAGUCGAAGAGGCAUCUGAAGAAUUGGAUGAAGGAUGCAAGUUUCUUGUUGUAUAUCCUGCUCCAAGCACCUCAGAUAUUAAGUAUGAUUUUCAGGAGCAAACAGCUCGCCACCCGGCGAUUUGUGAAUUCGUAUUUCCUGGGGAAGUUGAUAAUAACAAAUGGAAUGAAACAGACUUUUUUUCAACGGAUGAAAACUUUUCUUCUGGAACAGUCACAAGAGGAGAUAAUUUCAAAACGAGUACAACAUCGAAGAUGAUAAAAAGCAAGACCCUGAAUCCAGCAGAAAGCUCCCAUUGGACUUCGGAAACACCACAUCAUUUUACAACAGUGCCGAAUCGAGUGACGUCAAGUUCCCCUCCUGACGAGGAGUCGCAUCAGACUAUUACUACAAAGCUGUCUAGAUUUUGUCAUGGAAGGUUUGAAGCUGGAAUUUACUGGCCCGAUGCUGCCCCAGGAGAAACAGUUAAUAAAAGUUGCCCCGAAGGGAUGACAGGUUAUGCGCAGUGGACAUGUAAUGAAGAAACACUACAUUAUACUCCUUCAAGACCUCAUAUCCAAGAUUGUAAGCACAUUUGGAUUACGAACUUAGAAGACGAUGUCAAAGAAGGUGCAGAUGCUAUUUCGAUAUCUGAGAGAUUGGCUAACGAAACAAAACAUCAAGUUAUGUCGCAUGGAGAUAUAACAGCUUUGGUUGACCUUUCCACAAAAAUUCUUGCCUUGUACUUCUCACAAACAGGAGAUAAAGAUAAUGAAGUGAAAGGAAAACAAGAGAAACCAUUAUCAUACAAUUUUACUGAAUCUAUGGUGGCAUCCAUGAGUAACAUGCUCAGAGCUGAAAUUAAAAGAGCGUGGGAAGUUCUGCCUGAAAUUCAUCAAACUAGAGCUGCAAGUCAAAUUCUGAAACUUGUGACAAGCAUGGGUAGUCACCUAAGUUGUACUCGAAAAUCGGACGAUAGUUUGCAAUUCACAGUUGCUGCAGAAAACAUUGGUUUGCAAACAUUCAUAUUUAAUAAUGAGACUUCUUCAGAAGAGGACUCACUAGUAUUCCCACAGAAAGUUCCCAAUGUCGAAACAAACAGCUCUAUUUAUGUGCCUGCUGAUCUUGACUUGAAAACCUGGUUGUCUCCCUGCAGGAGUUAUAAAACGGCGGUGGGAGUAAUUUACAAUCACGUCGGGGAUUUUCUAAAAAAUGAGAAUCAAUCACGUUCAACUGUGCACGUUGUGACAAAGGUUAUCAGUUUUUCCCUGACAAACAGCUCUGAGUCGAUCAAAUUACCCAAAGAUAAAAAAGUGACUGUUGUUCUACAACACCUUCAAAUACAGGAUAUUCUGAAAGGAAUAUUAAGAUAUCCAAGAUGCAUGUUUUGGAACUUCUCUAAACAAGAUUAUGGCCAAUGGGAUGGAUCUGGAUGCACUCGUGUUAGCUCCAAUUUAACUCAUACGGUGUGCACAUGUGACCAUCUUACCAAUUUUGCCGUUUUAAUGGAUAUCUAUGAUAAUAUCCAAGAAGACGAAAUCCAGUCAAUAAUGACUUAUGUGUGCUGCGGAAUAUCAUCUUUAACACUUGUUGGCACAUUAGUUUGUUUCUUCACAAUCAGAUCUCUUCAUGGGAGAAGAAGCAUUAUUACAGGGAACUUGUGCCUUUGCCUUCUAAUCACAAAUCUGCUCAUACUUUUUGGAUUGGAUCAAACCUACAAUAAAAUAAUCUGUGCAACAAUUGCUGGGCUUCUCCAUUUUUGGAUUCUUUCUGCCUUCUGUUGGAUGCUUGUAGAAGGAUAUCAUUUGUACAGAAUGGUAAUUCUAGUCUUCCAGACAGGGAGAAAUUUGUCAGUAAAGUUCUAUUAUCUUUUUGCAUAUGGUUGUCCUCUGAUUAUAGUUGGGAUUUCCGCAGCGUUAAGGUCAGAUGGCUAUGGUGGUCCUAAUUAUUGUUGGUUAUCUUCUCACUAUGGCUUAAUGUGGAGCUUUGUUGGACCAGCUUGCGUCAUUAUACUAAUAAAUAUUGUGAUAUUUAUACUAACUCUGCGCUCUGCAUCUACAGUAAGAGUGAAAAGGGAACAGACGACAGUUAAGAAAAUUAAAAGCUGGGCUAGAGGUUCUUUAUCAGUUAUGUGCUUACUGGGUCUCACGUGGUGUCUUGGUUUAUUUUACAUCAACAAGACAUUUCAUGUGGUCUCCUAUAUAUUCACGCUUCUUAAUGGGUUACAGGGUGUCUUCAUAUUCAUUUUCCAUAUAGUUCUGAAUGAGAAAAUUCAAUCUUUCUGUUUCACAAAAUGGAAAGGAAAGAAUCAAUACUGGAAUAAGGGAAACCAUGUACUGUUGAUAUCGAUUCGAGUUAAGAACAGCAUUAAAGAAGCACAAAACUCCAAGCAAACAUCAAAUAACCGUGGGCAUAGCAAGUCUUCUACCCGUACAAGCAUCGAAAGCAAUGGAUGUGCAAAUCGUAAUCUAGCAUCCCGCAAAACAAGAACGUUGCCUACUGUCAUGACAUCCGUUCCAGGUUCAAGCUGAGCUAGACAACCAGAAACAGAUCAUCUGAUCUGAAAAUAAUACACAUAUUAAGAAGGAGAUUGAAAAAUAUAUAUUCAUAAAACAUUUUUCGAUUAAAGUGUAGGGCAUAGAAUUCAAUGUCAUUUCAAGACAAGAUAUGCCAUGAGAACAAAUGAACUUAUAAUAUAUUUUAGAAUAUGGCAAAAGCUUUCAUGCUCCUAAAAAUUCAAUGAACAAGUUUAUCAAUUAAUUGUAGGGUUUAUAGUAAUAUAUCAAAGGAAAAUGACAUAAUCUAUCAUGUUAUGAAUUUCCAAUGAUAUUAAAGAUAAUAAUACAAUUAAAGACCACAAAAAUUCAUUAGUAAUUUCUUGGAUGUAAAAAUACACUGCUCAAAACAAUUAGGAAGUUAAAAUUUUGGAUUUUAAAUGUUGAUCAACUUCUAUUAACAGAUAUGCGUGAUUCGUACGGACUACAAGCUAAUACCAAUGAAUAACUAAUUUUAUUCUCAAUUUCUGUCCAGAAAAUGAAAAAGAAGAAAGUUUCAACUUCAUUAUGUUUUAAAAUGAACAAAAAUGGCAAUUUAUUUAAUAAAAAUAAGUUAUAGUGCAGAACUUAUCCUGACAGAGUAUAGAAUUGCCCAUUGCGAGACCUACAGUUAAUUAGAUUAUGUAGGAGGAUUAGGACAUUCGCCUUGUUGUAGAAGAUGAGCAAUUUUCCCUAAUGGACUGUUUUGGGAAGUGAUAAACGAACAGUAACCAUUCUUCUUAGAAUGCCUCAAACAUAUCUGAGUAUAUUCCCAUCUAAGAAACACGUUUCGCAAUCCAUUUGAAGGAUUCUUUUGUAGAAAGGAAGUCACAAAGCGCUUAAGGUGAUUUGUCCUUAUUGUACAAAGCAUGAAAUGAAAUUAUUCAAACUUGCUGCAAUAUUUAGAAUCUCAUUUUUAUAUAGUCAGACAUCAUUGAUUCAUUUAUGAUGAUUUAGAAAGAUAUAUGACCAAUGGGAAAGGCGUACUGGUCCAGACUAUUAUCUCACUUUCUCCAAAUUGGAUACUUAAUACAAAUACAGGCUUAUGACUCCCAGUACCAAGUUCUCAACGAACGAGAAUUAAUUGGUUUCUUUGGUUUUCUCUCUGAAGUGAACUUUGCUUCCUUUAUAGCAUUGUUUUGCCAAUUUUCUACAUGCACCAUUGAAACUUGAUUGUAAAGAAGCACAAAUUGCCUGCGAGAACAUAAGGCAAACUGUGGCGGCUAUUACUAAGCAGACGGUUUUGAAUUAUUCCUUUUGGUCUUAAAAGAUGCUGUUGUAAGAGAAUGGUGCUCACAUAAUAUCUUCUGGUUGUUAGUCUUAAGCACCAGACAUUGUUUUAAUUCGUUUCAAGCCUACGACUUCAUCUUAGACUUUCACGAAAUUUCAGAUUUCCAAAUAACCAAUUCUAUGUAACUUAAAAUUAAACUUUAGGUUCUUCAUAGGUUUUCUUUGUGAUUUUGCUGCUAUUUGAUCCUUUUGUAACCUACUGAGGACCCUCCGAAUUCCUUUAAGUUAUAUUUAGAAACAUCAUAUUUCUUGAUACAAAGCAUUUCUGAAGUGACGUUUUUUUCUUCGUCCAUUUCAACAAAAACAACGAGACGUUUACAAGUGCGUAUUCUGAGGUUUUUAUAUAUACUGAACUUAAUAAAUUUCCUUUUAAUUUUGUUUGAAAAAAUGUCUGGUUAAUUAUAUGAGUAUUUCAUACAAAAUUGAAAUUAUCCUCUCGUUGUUUUGAGUAGUUUAUAUAUACAUUCCAUUCGACUCUCAUUAAUUGUGUAGAUUUACAUUAUUGAUGUGAAUUGAGCAAGUAACACAAGAUGGCAGACAAAAGUAUAAAAAGUUAUUUAACUGAUGUCUGCUUUAUUUCAUUUUUUUUUAAAGCUUUCCGUUUCCGUAAAUAAAAUCAAAAGACGGACCGGAAAUGGCUGAUUUUAUUAACCGCUACGAUCGGGAAAAUUUUUUUCAUCAGAGCUGAAAUUCAUUUAAGAAUAUUUUUCUCGAAAAUAUUUUAUUUCAUUUUAAACUUUGUAGACUGAAGUUGAAAAAAGUUAGACUUAGCUUUUAAUUUAAUUCAAUCGAAAAUUAAAAUUAGUAGUAAUUAAUUAUUUUGAUUUUAACCGUUGAAGCUGGGGUGUUUCAUUUCAGAAUUAUUCUUAAUUUUUUUCAUUUAAUGUCUGUAUAAAAUAUUCAGUAAAGAUUUCGAAACUGGUGUUGAAAGGUUUUUAUGAUUUAUUAAACAUUACCAAACAAGAUACCCAAAAUAAGUUGAUUUGGUUUCUAUUCCAAUAUUAUUUGUAAUUCAAGAAUUCACAGUGCUUCGUUUAUUUACAUAUUUGAUAACUAUCCACUUUUGAAAUCAUGCUUUAUAAUCUUCACUCAUAUUCAUCUUUUUAGCUACGAAUCAUGCAAACAUUAAACGAGCACCGUGACUAUGCGUCAUACGUCCAUCG